CCGCAUCAACAGGAAGAAUGGCGGUGUCUGUCCGGGAGAAGCAGACAGCUGCCUUGAAGCGCAUGUUAAAUUUCAAUGCAGCUCUGAAGAACACUGCAGCUGAGCCAGUAUGGAAGGUGCUGAUAUACGAUCGGUUUGGUCAGGACAUCAUAUCUCCUCUGCUGUCCGUCAAAGAGCUCAGAGACAUGGGCAUUACCCUGCAUCUACUGCUCCACUCAGACAGAGAUCCCAUCCCAGAUGUGCCAGCGGUCUACUUUGUCAUGCCCACAGAAGAAAAUAUUGACAGGAUAUGUCAGGACCUGAGAAACCAGCUCUAUGAGUCCUACUACCUAAACUUCAUCUCUGCUAUCAGCAGGAGUAAACUGGAGGAUAUAGCUAGUGCCGCGCUAGCCGCUAACGCUGUUAGCCAAGUCACCAAGGUCUAUGACCAGUAUUUAAACUUCAUCACUCUAGAAGACGACAUGUUCGUCCUCUGUCACCAAAACAAGGAACUCAUCUCCUACCAUGCCAUUAACAGAGCAGACAUUCUGGACACAGACAUGGAGGCCAUCAUGGACACCAUUGUAGACAGUCUCUUCUGCUUCUUUGUCACUCUGGGCGCCGUUCCAAUCAUCCGCUGUCCCCGAGGGAACGCAGCAGAGAUGGUCGCUAUAAAGUUGGAUAAGAAGCUUCGGGAGAACCUGCGGGAUGCCAGGAACAGUCUGUUUACAGGAGACAGCGUGGGGGCGGGACAGUUCAGUUUUCAGAGGCCUUUGUUUGUUUUGGCUGAUCGGAACCUGGAUAUGGCCACACCCCUCCACCACACCUGGACCUAUCAGGCCCUCAUCCACGAUGUCCUGGACUUUCAUCUGAACAGGGUGACGAUGGAGGAGGGGUCAGGUUCUGAGCCGUCUCCAAGUGGAGCUAGACCAAAGAAGAAGAACAGGAAGACCUACGACCUCACCGCAGCUGACAAGUUCUGGCAGAGCCACAAAGGCAGUCCAUUUCCUGAAGUAGCGGAAUCUGUCCAGGAGGAACUGGACACAUACAGAGCCCAGGAGGACGAGGUCAAACGUCUCAAGAGCAUCAUGGGUUUAGAAGGGGAGGAUGAGGGAGCGAUCAGCAUGCUUUCUGACAACACGGCUAAGCUCACCUCUGCUGUCAGUUCUCUGCCUGAGCUUCUGGAGAAGAAGAGACUCAUCGACCUCCAUACCAACGUCGCUACGGCUGUACUGGACCACAUAAAGAGCCGUAAACUGGACGUCUAUUUUGAGUUUGAGGAGAAGUUGAUGAGUAAAUCUACCCUGGACAAAUCUCUGCUGGAUAUCAUCAGUGAUCCUGAUGGUGGAACUCCAGAAGAUAAGAUGAGGUUGUUUCUGAUUUAUUACAUCACCGCUCAGCAGCCUCCUUCAGAGUCAGACUUGGAGCAGUACAAGAAGGCUCUGUUGGAUGCAGGCUGUGACCUUUCACCUCUCAAUUACAUCAAGCAGUGGAAAGCCUUCACCAAGAUGGCCACCACCCCGGCCAACUACGGCAACAGUGGAGUCAAACCGAUGGGUCUAUUUUCCAGAGUGAUGAAUACUGGCUCCCAGUUUGUUAUGGAGGGAGUUAAGAAUCUGGUCCUCAAACAACAGAACCUUCCAGUCACACGAAUCCUAGACAACCUGAUGGAGAUGAAGUCACACCCUGAGACUGACGACUAUCGAUACUUUGACCCCAAGAUGCUGCGUGGCAGCGAGAGCUCCAUUCCCAGGAACAAAAACCCAUUUCAGGAGGCUAUAGUGUUUGUGGUCGGAGGAGGAAACUACAUUGAAUACCAGAAUCUGGUGGACUACGCCAAGUCAAAGCAGGGGAAGAAGGUUCUGUAUGGCUGCAGUGAACUCUUCAAUGCCUCCCAGUUCAUUAAACAGCUCUCCCAACUCGGCCAGAAGUGAGAAGGAGAUCAACAAUAUGUGAAUCAUCCCCCACCCCAGAAUCAUAGAUGAUCUUCUUACGACCUCGAUCUCUCUCUCUCUCUCUCUCUCUCUCUCUCUCUCUCUCUCUCUCUCUCUCUCUCUCUCUCUCUCUCUCUCUCUCUCUCU